AUGACGAUUGGUCCGGUUGGCACAAUUGGUCCAGCGGGCACUGUUAAUCCGGUUGGCACAAUUGGUCCAGCGGGCACUGUUAAUCCGGUGGGCACUGUUGCAGCAUUAAAUACAACACCAUAUUUGAAAUCGGUUUUGUUUUUCAUAGCAUGGAAGAACUGA